AUGACUGACUCUCCCAGGGAAGGAAAACCGGCCAGGCCCCCGGACUUCACCCAGCUGACUGACUUGGCAUCUGAGUUUGUCGGAGGAGAGAUUUUAUUUGCAACAGAUGACUUUUUCGUGCCUGCAGAAAAGAUCUUAUAAAGGGACAGCCCGCAUUUUAGAGAACACGAGGACACUGAGUUUGGGACGUGGAUGGACGGAGGGCAGACCAGAAGGAAGAGGGUCCCAGGUCACGACUGGUGCCUCAUCCAGCUGGGGAUGCAGGGGUUCAUCCGGGGCUUCGACGUGGACACGGCUCACGUCACAGGAGAUUACGCUCCUCGAGUGUCAAUUCAGGCAGCAAACUUCGAAGAAGAUAAACAACCAGAAAUCCCGCAACAAGAGGGCAGGAGAGGAGCUGCAGCCACCCCUGAGGAGUCUGAAGCCAUUGCUGAGCUGAACUCCAACGACUGGACUUGCUUGGUUCCCAUGACGGAGCUUAAACCGGGAAAUCCUGCUUCCAGCCACAGUUACUUUCCUGUCAACUCCCAGCAGAGGUGGAGUCACGUCCGACUCAACAUCUUCCCCGAUGGUGGAAUCGCAUGUCUUAGAGUAUAUGGUACUGGACAAAAAGACUGGACUGCGAGUGACCCCAAGGAACCGUUAGACCUGGUGACCAUUGCUUACGGGGGUGCCUGUGUAGGAUUUAGCAAUGCACAUUUUGGGCACCGAAACAACAUAAUAGGAGUCCGCCUCACAGAGUCUAUGGCAGACGGCUGGGAAACAGCACAAAGGCUGGACAGGCCACCAAUACUGGAGAAUGAUGAGAAUGGUGUUCUCCUAGUUCCGGGUUGUGAAUGGGCAGUUUUCCUGCUGGCACAUCCUGGAGUAAUUACUCAAAUUGAAAUCGACACAAAAUAUUUCAAAGGCAAUUCUCCUGACAGCUGUAAGCUGGACGGCUGCAUCCUGACGACUCAGGAAGAAGAAGACGUGGUCAAGCAGAAGUGGGAUGUUCCGGGCCACAAGUGGAAACCACUGCUUCCGGUCACAAAGCUAAACCCCGACGAGAACCACGUAUUGGACAGCCUAACCCCGGAGCUGCAGGACCAUCAUCCCUGACGGGGCGUGAGCCGCCUGCGACUCCAGGGCUUCCCCAGCUCCAUCUGCCUCCUGCGGCCCCGCGAGAAGCCCGUGAUGCGGUUCUGGGUGAAGGCGGGCUUCAGGGCGAACCUCUAA